GAGCAGGAAGACGAGAAUAAGAAGCCCAGCAUGGUAGUAUUCCAAAUGAUAAAGUCUGAAGAAAGCCUGCUUGAAAAUCAAGAACCAUCACAAAGGAAUACAAAAAAUUGCAUAAUAAAUGAAGGAAAUAAAUUUUCUCCUGGUCACAGUGAAAUCCAUGACCUCCCAAUCCAGCAAAUUCCCCAACGAAAAGAAGGAAAAUACCUCAGAUAUGUCAAAAGAGACAGAGAGAAAUUUGAUUUCAGUAAACAUUGCCCAAUGCAGAAUAAAAAGGAAGAAUAUGAAUAUGAAAAGAAUGGGCAGAUUAUCAAUCCUAGUCCCUCUCUUGCUUUACAUAACCCAUCAUAUAUCAAAGAGACAUCUUAUACAUUUAUAAAUUGUGGGGGAAUUUUCAGUUUGAACAGUCGUCUUAUUUCCCAUAAAAAUGAGGAACCACGUGAGUUUGGAAAGGAAUGUAAUCAGAAACGAUUGCAUGUUUUACCCCCCAAAAAUCCCUUAAGAGAGAAACCCUAUAAGUGUCCGCAGUGUGAAAAGACUUUCACCCAGAAAGGUAAACUUACCAUACAUGAAAGGAUCCACACGGGGGAGAAAACCUACAAAUGUCUGGAGUGUGAAAAGAUUUUCACCGAGAGGCGUAAGCUUAUCAUACAUGAAAGGAUCCACACAGGGGAGAAACCGUAUAUAUGCCUGGUGUGCGGAAGAAAAUUCAAUCAGAGCGGCCAACUUACAAGACAUCAACGAACCCACACAGGGGAGAAGCCGUAUACGUGCCUGCAGUGUGGAAAGAAAUUCAGUGGCAGUUCAAACCUUAUGAUACAUGUAAGGAGACACACGGAGGAGAAACCAUAUAGAUGCUUGGAGUGUGGAAAAAGCUUCCGUGACAACAGCGUCCUUGUUUGCCAUAAAAGGAUCCACACCGGGGAAAAACCAUACAAAUGCACGGAGUGUGGAAAGAGCUUCAGUCAAAACAGUAGCCUCUUGCGACAUAAAAGAAUUCACACAGGCGAGAAGCCGUAUCAAUGCCUGGAGUGCGGAAAGAGCUUCCGUCAGAAAAGCAGCCUUUUGCAACAUAGAAGGAUGCACACCGGGGAGAAACCCUAUACGUGCCCGGAAUGUGGAAAGAGUUUCAAUCAGAGCAGUCAUUUUAUUUGCCAUAAAAGGGUUCACACGGGAGAAAAACCGUACAAAUGCAUGGAGUGUGGAAAAGAUUUCAGCCAGAAUGGUAGCCUUUUGCAACAUAAAAGAAUUCACACAGGAGACAAUCCAUCCAAAUGCACCGAGUGUGGAAAAGGCUUCAGUAAGAACUAUAAACUCUUGCAGCACAAAAGGAUUCACACGGGGGAGAAACCGUACACAUGCAAGGAAUGUGGGAAGAGCUUCAGUUGCAGCAGUUAUUUUAUUUGCCAUAAAAGAAUUCACACGGGGGAGAAACCAUAUAAAUGUCUGGAGUGCGGAAAAGCCUGCACCAGUGAUGUUCCAGGUGAUCCAGAUUCUGGUGGUCCAGCUGACCUUCUGAUCUCUGUCUGGGUUGGUAACCGCUGCCACUUGUUGAGGCUUAAAUGUAUAUUCACAAAAAGUGUUCUAUAA